AUGGAGACGGUAAUCUACGACCAGACGCCGCUCGCCGAGUACCUCAAGGACGAGGGCGAGGAACACCAACGCGACUGGGCCACCCAGGAGCCCGACGUCGUGAUCGACACGCCGCCCCCGAGCCCCCCGAGCCCCUCGACCUCCUUCGCUCCCACCGGACGACCUCUCGUCAAGUCGCGCUACCGCUCUAGGAUACCCGAUGCCCUGAAUAUCAACCUUGCCAGGGGUACCAUCACAUCCACUCCCCUGAAGAAGAAGCGGCUGAGUUCCCUGCAGCAUGGCGCCACCAAGGUAGCGACGAAGCUCGACCGGGCCGACAAUUCCAGGUUCAUCGAGCAAUUCCGGUACACGAUUGUCGCGUCGCAGCUUCUGAGCGGACACUCGAUUCUGGCCCAGCAUGCCCCCGUGCAGAGCUCUGCGAUCGAGUCGGGGGCCAGCCAGGACCCGAGCGUGCCGUCCCAGACCGGCCUGAUCCUCACGGCGGUGGGCGCGCUUGGCCUGGCCUGGUUCAUUCGGUGGUUGUAUAAUGGUGGGAUCACAAACUUGACUAAGAAAAGAGUGGUAGUCUUUGUCGUGGUAUCUGCCCUGGCAGGGGUCGCCUCACAGGCCUUCAUCCGCCAGCAGUGGCUUCGAUAUGUCCGACAGCAGGUUUUGGCGGAAGCCGCAACCUUCGUCUCCAAAGCACAGGACUUCGACAGUGCAUCGAGUGCCGCGCUGGCUCUGAUCCAGGAGGUAGAACUCGUCUCGCGCGGAUAUCGGCUCAGCGCCCCACUGCCGCCCAUCAGCCGGAUCGAAGACCGCAGCCAGACGCGCAGAUGCGUGCGGCUCAGGAGGGCGCUGAGGAAGAGCUUUGGGGAUAUUAUCUCCAAGUAUGAGCAGGCGUCGUCGAUGGUCAAGGGCUUUUCCGAGCAGCUGGAUCUGGAGCGAUACUACGACAUUUACGACAUCAGCGAUCUGGACAUGUCGGAUGCUCUGCAGGGUUAUUCGGAAGGCGAAUUCGAGGACAUGGAGUCGCUCAGGACCCUGAAGGCAGCGGCCUCACGCUUCCAUAUCAUGCGCAAGAUGUUCCUCUGCGCCUUGUUGUCGAUGGAGGCACAGGGGGACGAGACUGAUUUCGUGAGGUGGACCACCGUCGCGGAGUCCCUGCGCAUGCUGGACGAGACGACGACCGAGUCCUAUGUGCGCCUAAAGUCUAUUCUGAGCGAGGAGGACUCGUUCCCAGCACCCGCCCCGACAGGAGACAAGGGUCCCCUCUCGCCCGGGCGAGAAAGAUGGCGGUCGCAGCUGAGAAAACUCAACUCGCUGACCACCGGCAUCCGUGGCCUCCAAGCAAAAAUGACGUUACUGCGGGAAGAGUCCGACCGGUCCCUGAACGAGGCCACCGACAUAUCCGAGUUGGGACCGAACUUGAUGGCGCAGUAUGAGUCGAUCGGCCAAGAUCUGAAGAUGCUGCAACAGGCCUGGGAAGACGGCAGAUCCGCACUGGCAUCGGGCAUUGAUCGGAACGAGAAGCGUCUGUCGUCGAUAAGCGGUAUGCUGUCGCCAAGAUCUCUUAGCGGCCUGUCUACGGUCGAGGAGAAGAGCGGCGGCGGUGUCGAGGAUGCACUGCGAGCGCUGACGGGAGACACCUCUGACCGCGUGGACCUGACCAGCAACUCGGGCGAGAGCGAGGAGGUGUUUGAGGCAGUGGCGACACCGCUACGGCCGAGGAGCACCAUGACAAGAGAGGAGAGGAUAGCAAAGAUGCGAGAGGACAGAGAGAGGAGGGCCGAGAUGAAGGAGAAGGCUGAUGCCAGCCGCGGGAUGUUGAAGGAGCUUGAGAUGGUCAUCAACCUGAGACCGAACAAGAACACCAACAGGAGGCAGACGAUGCCGCCUAUCAAGGCGGGUAGGGUCGUCUCCAUGUGA